GACCGGGCGGCCUGGAUUGGGCGCGGGCACCCGGCCGCCGGGGCGAGGCGCGGAGCUCUCCGGCUCGGCCUUUUGUUCCCUUUCUGGUGCGGCGCAGCCGGACUGAAGUUACAGCGUCUGCCUGGGCGCGCCGCCGGGUCCCAUGGAGCUGGAGGGGCAGUGGUGGCGAGGACAGCUGGCUGCCGACAUCCACCAAGCGCUUCGCUACAAGGAGCUGAAAUUGCCCUCCUACAAAGGCCAGUCCCCUCAACUAAGUCUCAGAAGGUAUUUUGCUGACUUGAUUGCCAUUGUAAGCAAUCGCUUCACGCUCUGCCCUUCUGCCAGACAUCUUGCUGUCUAUUUACUGGACUUGUUUAUGGAUCGCUAUGACAUCUCUAUCCAGCAACUACAUUUAGUUGCACUUUCCUGUCUGCUUUUAGCAAGUAAAUUUGAAGAAAAAGAAGAUAGUGUGCCUAAGCUGGAGCAGCUCAACAGCCUGGGUUGUAUGACUAAUAUGAAUCUAGUGUUAACAAAACAGAAUUUGCUACAUAUGGAACUGUUACUAUUAGAAACCUUUCAGUGGAACCUCUGCCUUCCAACAGCUGCCCAUUUCAUCGAGUAUUAUCUCUCUGAAGCAGUACAUGAGACAGAUCUUCAUGAUGGCUGGCCAAUGAUAUGUUUGGAAAAAACUAAACUCUACAUGGCUAAAUACGCAGAUUACUUCCUAGAAGUGUCUCUACAAGAUUAUGCCUUUCUAAAUUAUGCACCUUCUUUAGUAGCUGCUGCAUGUGUGGCUUCUUCGAGGAUUAUACUUCGACUUUCUCCAACGUGGCCUACAAGACUACAUCGUCUUACUGCUUAUUCGUGGGAUUUCCUAGUGCAGUGUAUUGAACGGCUAUUGAUUGCUCAUGACAAUGAUGUGAAAGAAGCAAACAAACAGAGAGGACAGGCAGGCCCUCAGUCAGCACAAAUAGGUGUGUUCCAGACAGCCUCUCAGCCCUCACGGCCAGUUCACUUUCAGCAGCCUCAAUAUCUCCAUCAGACUCAACAAACCUCACUGCAGUACCGCCAUCCAGUAUCAGAGCAACCCAGCUGCCAGCAGAUUGUAUCUACCACACACACCUCCUCUUACACACUACAGACGUGUCCUGCAAGCUUCCAAACUAGUGUUCAGGGCCUUGGGCAUGUGCAGACUGGUGUUGGGAUGUCCCUGGCAAUUCCAGUAGAAGUUAAGCCCUGUCUGAGUGUUUCUUAUAACCGGAGCUAUCAGAUUAAUGAACAUUACCCUUGUAUUACUCCAUGCUUUGAAAGGUGAUGGUGUGUGAAGGCAAAAACUGACCCAGACUGUUUGUGACUUCAAGGUUGGGGGCAUCCUUUUUGUAACCUUGGCUUCAGAAGAAAAGGAAUCCAAAAAACAUCAGAAAUCUUCAAGUACCAGCACCAGGAAGACUGAAUAUCAAUCCAAAAUCCAUGAACACCUAGGAGAACUGGCAAACAUUUUAACGAUGUAUUUGUCAGAUCUUGUCACAAUGAAUCCUUGUGUGACAGAAAUGUUCAAUCAAGCCUGGCUGAUGGUCCAACUAUUUCAAAAAUAUUCAAUAGAAAAUUAGGACAGAUUCCAGCUUGCCAUUUUGAGAUUUGACCUGUGGUAGGCUCUGGGCCUUAUGUUCACUUAUAUGUCAGAGACUCAUGUUUAUCUGUGGACUUGCCAAACAGUCUUUUAUGAAGGAAAGUUACAGUAUUAAUUUUUGAAGAGAUCCUUUUUUUAAAUUCAGUUUUGAAUUUUACUUUUGAGCUACAGAUGAAUUUCUGACAAGUUUAAGUUGAUGUGCUAUACCAACUGUGCGUUUAAAUUUUUUUUCAAAUUAUGCUAUAUAAUUUUCCUAUCAUAAAUAAUAGGUAUCUGGAUUUGUGUACUAAAAUUAGGGGUGUAGUAGAUCUCAUAUCGAAAUCAUGGUCAUAAUUUUUGGGGUUUUUUGUUUGCUUGUUUUGUUUUUUUCCCUAAGUGAUUAACCUUAAGUCUUUAGAAUUAAAACACAUUUAACUCAGGGAAUUUGUACUACUUGGAAACACUUAACUACACUUAACUGUAAUGCAACAUGCUUUGGAAAUGUUAUAGUGUGAACUACGUUUAUAACAGGUUAGAAUACUUUUCAAAUGAGAACAUAAUAUUGUAGCACAGAAUGAAGUGGUAGUUCCUAUGAUUCAUAAUACUUAUAUAAGUUUUGCAUUUCUCAGUGCAAUCUGAUUUAUACUCAGAUUUGAUAGUACUCUUUAAAAAUUUUUUUUCAAGAGAAGACGUAUCUGUAAAGUAUCAGUACAGAAAUAAAGUCGCAUAGGUUUAUUUUGGAGUGGAAGAUGGCCAGGGUAAUACUCAGGUUGUGCUAAAUAGCACUUUGUAUAUGAAAGACAGGUUUUAUAAGCAACCUUGAAAUCCAGCUAGUCAGUCUAAGCAGGCAAGGGUGCUGAUCACUAAAUUUCAGUAGUCACUUUCAUUAGAUUGGCCCCAUAGCUGCCCGGGAACAUUUCACUGUACUGGUAAUGAAUAAGAACAGCAAUAGUAAUCGUUACAGCCAGGGCAAGUAAGGAGUAAAACAUUACAGGGGGGAUUAAAAGGAAAACAUGUCAUAACUGGUAAAUUAUACAUUGUGCUCUUAUCUGGGAGAAGAGAUUUAGUGGAGGGAAGUUAUCUGGCUUAAAAAUUAGUAAGCUGUGUCUAUUUUGUUUGUGUGUUUUUAAAGAUAGCACUUGAAUAGAAAAUCUGCAUGGCAGAUAGGUGACCACCACAGUAUGCAUUGAAGACAAACUUAUUUUAAAGAUGUGGGUAUGCAGCAGGAGUCUCAGUAAUCAAGCCAGUGGCCUUUGUUAAGAAGGUAAGGGGCUAAACACAGUAAUGGACUGAUGCCGACAGCUCCAGUGGAUGAAUGUGGGUUGGAUGGCUUCUGACAGCAUGAGUUCUUAGAGAAAUACCCUUUCUUAAAAAAGAAAAUAACUUUUAUACCUACCUGGAGUACCUAGGGCAUGAGGUGAAUUUAUUAGUGUGGUAAAUAAAACAAAAACCACUCAGGUAAGAACACCUACUUGUUGCAGUGUUCAAGCGUGAAAAUUGUUUUCUGAAAGUAUCCUCUCCCUCUUUUAAAAGGCUGCUAAUUGGAUUUUAAUAGUUCUUACCUUAAGCAAACUUGAAUUAUUUGGAAGGAAAGUAGGUUAUAAGAAAUAAUACACCUUUCACAUUCACAUAGAACCCAGUCCAAUUUUCAGUAUUUUAACUACCUCAGUAAUGCUAUGAAUGUGAGAUAUUGGGAUAGAAAUCCUAACUUGAAACAACGACCAGUGCCUGUGGUAAUUUAAUGUCUUGUCAAAUGCUUUUAUUGAUUGGUUUAUAUGUCAUUCUUGUUGUAGAAAAAUAUGCCUUUUUUAAAAGCCUAUUAAUGCUUUCCCAAUUUAUAUUUAAAAAACUAAAGAACACUGGAAUCUUUAGGGAGGGUAGAAUAAAAUAAUUGAUUACAGUUGCUGCAUACCCAGGAUGGGGUGGGAUGGUUGAAGAACCAGAACCAUUUUUAAAAUAGGUCUCAAUAUAAAUACAAAUCACAACUGUUAGAGGAGGGAAGUUGUAUGGGUUUUGUUUUGUUUAAUUUAUUGAUUAGUCAAGUGUUUUUGUUUUUUGAGAUUACUGGACCAUGAUUAAAUGUGUACUGUGAAGAGAUUAAUGAUAUGUAUAAGGGCUUAACCAAAGUCCACUUAAAUAAACACUACUCAAGAACAGACUGCAAACCAAAAUGUACCUGUGUUAUGACAUUAAUUGCAAAUAGUAUGGUGCUAAAGUCUAC